CAGCCAUCAAUGGCGGCCUGCUCAGCGCUCGCGGCAAAUUGCCCCAGCUUCACUUUGACAUACCCCUCAGGGACAGCCAACGCCAAUUACCAAUAUGCAACUAACCAUUACUGGUCCAAUACCAACAUAGACGGAACUCCAGCCUGUGUCGUGUUUCCAACCGGCGCUGAAGAUGUGUCUGAAAUCAUUCGAAUCCUUUUGCAUUAUCCUAGUGUUCCUUUCGCCGUCAAAAGUGGUGGACACAAUGCCAAUGCUGGGUUCUCGAGUGUGGAUGGAGGCGUCUUGAUCUCAUUUCAAAACUCGUAUGACACCGUUUUGUCUGCUGAUAAGAAGACUGCCGUGGUUGGUCCAGGCGCGCGAUGGAUGGAUACAGUUGGAGCUUUGGAGCCGUACGGGUUGACUGUUGUUGGAGGACGUCUUGGUGAUGUUGGCGUUGGAGGGUUGCUCUUGGGUUGCGGGCUCAGCUUUCUGAGUGCACAAUACGGUCUACCAUGCGACAACAUCGUCAACUACGAAGUUGUACUCUCAGACUCCUCGAUCGUCAACGCUAAUGCAACAAGCCACACUGAUUUGUUCGGGGCUUUGAAAGGGGGCGGAAACCAAUUUGGUAUUGUCACAAAGUACACUCUAAAGACUUACCCUAUCGGCAAGGUAGUCUGGGGUGGAUAUAUCACAUACCGGACAGACUAUGCGAGUCAGAUAUUGAGCGCAACUCAAGACUUCAUUGAAAACUGCCAGGAUCCUCGCGCAGCCAUGUUCACAACUGUAUCACUGCUUCUCACGGGUCUCGAUGAGUUUUUUGCCGUAUUCCUCUUCUACGAUGGGUCGAGCCUGCCAAGGGGGAUGUUUGACAAGUUCUUGAAUAUUCCUCACAUACUAAACCAAUUGAAGAUGCAGUCAUACACCGCCUUGCUUACGGCCAAUGCAAACUUUGGCAGUAUUUACGGCUACCGAUAUCUUCUUCGAGGAGCCACGAUUCCCAGUCUUGCCGGUAGCAACGGAACUGAUCUGGUUAAUGCAAAUUUUAACGACUUCUUCAAAUACGUCACAACUCGAAAAUCCCUCAUAUCGCUGGUCACACAACUCGAUUUCGUCUGGACGCUGAUCUACCAACCUAUGCCAACCAUGAUCCCAGCCGCCUCGGCAAGAAUAAACCCUUCUGGCAACCUCCUCGGUCUCUCACCCAACGCUGGAGAUCAUAUGUGGAUGGCAUGUACCGUAGCUUGGAAAACAAGUCUUGGGGACUCUGACGCUCGCAACGAUGCUGUCAACAUCAUGAAUCAAAUUUCAACUUAUGCUCAGAAUGCGUAUCCGGAUGUUUCAGCAUCCAAGUACCAAGCUGGACACUUCGCGCCUGAAGGGUAUAAUAUGAUCUUCAUGAAUGAUGCCAUGGCAGACCAGUCAGUAUUGGGAAGUUACGGUGAUGCUACAUAUCAGAGACUGAAGAACAUUCAGAGGGCAUACGACAGGAUGGGAGUGUUUCCUCAAAGAACUAAUGGAUUCAAGCUUACUUGAACGUUGGCUGGACAUCAGAGGAACGUCAAAAUUGCCAUUUGCUGUAUUCUCUGCUGGAUUAGGUUCUGGAGCUACUGCAGAUUGAUUUUGCAUCCGUGGGAUGUUUGGAGGUUUAGGCAAGAGGUAAAACUAACCGUUUGGGG